AAAGGAGAACGUCCCUCCCUCCCCCCACCCAUUCCCACGUGCUUUGCAGGGACGGUGCAUUUGGGAUGCGUGGAGGGGGCGAGGUGGUCGCUUCCCUGUAUUCCUUUUUUUGAGGCUCGGCUUCGUGGAUGCGUGCCCUUAUCCUGAGCUGAAGGAAGAGACUGGGAGAAGCAAAGACUGCUGGGAUAGCCCCGAGGCCCCUGCGCUCUCCACCUGCAGCAAUGCUGAUAUCUUCCGCAGAAUAAAUGCCAUGUUGGAUAACUCCUUGGACUUCAGUAAAGUCUGCACCACGCCCAUCACAAAAGGAAGGCAAGAUCACUUGCAAGCAGACUUCCCGGACUCUGAAGGAUCAGUUGCAAGCAGGAUGCUUUUCCCCACCUCUGCGCAAGAUUCUUCCCGUGGUCUCCCGGAUGCAAAUGACCUGUGCCUUGGCCUCCAGUCUCUCAGCCUGACCGGGUGGGACAGACCUUGGAGCACCCAGGACUCUGAUACUGCAGUACAGAGCAGCACACAAUCUGUACUCAGCAUGCUCAAUAACCCGCUGGGCAGUGUUCUGGGAAAGCCCCCGCUGGGCUUCCUACCUCUGGACCCUAUUGGUACUGACUUGGUGGAGAAGUUUCCCACACCAUCCUUAAGGGGGUCCCGCCUGGACAGCCGCCCCCUCCUCGAUUCACGCUCAAGCAGUCCCUCUGACUCCGACACCAGUGGGUUCAGUUCGGGAUCAGACCAUCUCUCGGACUUAAUCUCUAGCCUGCGCAUCUCUCCCCCUCUGCCUUUCCUGCCCCUGGGUGGUGGCGGUCCCAGAGACCCCCUGAAGGUGGGGGUUGGGUCUCGUCUGGACCAGGACCAGGCUGCCCUUGCUGCAGUGUCUCCUUCUCCUACCAAUGCCUCAAAAAGAUGGCCCGGGGCAUCGAUGUGGCCUUCGUGGGAUCUGUUGGAAGCCCCAGAGGACCCUUUUAGCAUCGAGAGGGAAGCCAGACUUCAUAGACAAGCUGCAGCUGUGAACGAGGCCACCUGCACCUGGAGUGGGCAGCUUCCUCCUCGGAACUACAAGAACCCCAUCUACUCCUGCAAGGUGUUUUUGGGCGGGGUUCCCUGGGACAUCACGGAAGCUGGAUUGAUUAACACCUUCCGUGUGUUUGGCUCUCUGAGCGUAGAAUGGCCUGGUAAGGAUGGCAAACAUCCCCGCUGCCCUCCUAAAGGUAAUAUGCCUAAAGGUUAUGUGUAUCUGGUGUUUGAGCUGGAAAAGUCGGUGCGGGCCCUACUCCAGGCCUGCUCCCAAGACCCACUGAGUCCGGACGGCCUGAGCGAAUAUUACUUCAAGAUGUCCAGUCGUAGAAUGCGGUGCAAAGAGGUGCAGGUGAUCCCUUGGGUCUUGGCUGACAGCAACUUUGUCCGGAGUCCAUCCCAGAGGCUCGACCCCAGCAAGACUGUCUUCGUUGGGGCGCUGCAUGGGAUGCUGAAUGCAGAGGCUCUCGCAGCAAUCAUGAAUGACCUGUUUGGAGGAGUGGUUUACGCUGGCAUCGACACGGAUAAGCACAAGUACCCUAUUGGGUCUGGCAGAGUGACCUUUAACAACCAACGCAGUUACCUGAAGGCAGUCAGCGCUGCUUUUGUGGAGAUCAAAACAACCAAGUUCACCAAGAAGGUUCAGAUUGACCCCUACCUGGAAGACUCUGUGUGUCACAUCUGCAGUGCCCAGCCAGGCCCUUUCUUCUGCAGAGACCAGGUCUGCUUCAAGUACUUCUGUCGCACCUGCUGGCACUGGCGUCAUACCAUGGAAGGGCUCCGCCACCACCGCCCGCUGAUGCGCAACCAGAAGAACAGAGACUCCAGCUAGAGAGGUGGCCGGCGAGGGUGUUUGGAGCUGGUGCAGUUGCAGGGAGAAGUCUGUUUAACCUGCUAAGUGGAGAGAGGGAGAGAAGGGGAAGGAGGAGAUAGAGAGAGAGAGAGAGAGAAGGGGGGAGAAGCCCAAGCGAGGUUGCCAGGGUCGGGCUUAGACCGGGACCGGGCUUCCCAAGGACAAAUGGGGAAAGUCUUACAUUCACCUUUGCACUUGCUGGUCUGUCUCUUUUUUCGUUUUGUUUCCGCACUAAUGCACAGUGAGUUUUGUCGGGUUUUUGUUUUUCAGGGGGGUGUUAGGGGGGGCCCCCGUCCCACCCCAAGCGAUUCUGCAGUUUCCCAGACUUUAGUUCCUCAUUUUGCUGACAAGAAGCAAAAACAGGACCAUGUGUUGAGAAGGUGUUUAUGCAGAUGCCUUCACCUAGGUUUUUUUAUUUAUUAAAGGCGCUUUUUUACAUUCCUUGCAAUACUGAUGGUAAUGAUGCAGCAGGUCUCAUUGGCUCCAUUCUUUUGCAGUUGCCAUACAGUGCCUUUCCAUUGAUUUAACCCCCACCUGAACGGCAUAAACUGAGUGUUCAGCUGGUGUUUUUUACUGUAACAACAAGGAGACUUUGCUCUUCAUUUAAACCAAAAUCAUAUUUCAUAUUUUAGGCUCGAGGGUUUUUACCGGUUCCUUUUUACACUCCUCUCCUUAAAACAGUUUUUAAGUCGUUUGAAACAAGAGAUUUUUUUCUUUCCUGGCAGCUUUUAACAUUAUUGCAAAUUUGUCUGGGGGCUGCUGGUUUGUGUUGCUCACAGUUGUGAAUCGAGGAGUUUGCAACUAGGAAAAGAGGACGGGAUUUUUUGGAUUCGAAACUGGACCGGAUUAACGAUGUUUGAGCUGCUGUACAUAGUUUUAAAUAGUUUGUUGCACUUUCUUAAGUUGCACUUAAGGGGGAGGGGGGGUUGAUAGAAGUUUUUAAUCACAGAGUCACAGGACUUAAUUUUUUUCUUUUUUGUAACUGAGCUAAAAAAAAGGGCUGCUUUUUGGUGGGGGCAGAUGGAGGUUCACAGGAGCCCUUUCUCUUAGAGGGGACAAGUUCCUUUCCCUUUUUCCUUUUUGUUUAAAGAAAUGUACGAGACGUAUAAAGCAACAGUGCCGUCAACUGAAAUGCUGCUGGGAUUUGGAGAAACUUGACUUUUUUUUAGGAAAAAAAAAAAAAAAAAUCAAACUUGCCCCUCUAUUGGAAGCUGUGUGCCAAAGAACCAGUGUCAUAAUUUUUUCCCUCCUUCCUCCUGCUGAGCUGAUGUUGCAUUGUUGCAUAUCCCAGCUGCUCUUUGUGGGUUUUUUGUGAAGCUGUGUGUGAAGUCUCUACCUCAUUGUAGUAUAUGCAGGCAAGACUGCACUCUCCUACAGAUGUGGAGUAAGCUGUGGUGUAGUUUUUUUGGCACAUAAUAAACACGUUGCAGCA